AUGGCUGUGUAUUCUUAUUUGCUGAGUUUCGGUGUUGCCAUAUUUUCGUUUAUGAUGUAUCAGCGGUACGCUAAAGGGUACAGCAGUCUGAUACAGAAGCCUGACAAGCGAUAUGAUUACAUAAUCGUCGGCGCGGGAACAGCGGGUUGCGUGCUAGCCGCUCGUCUCUCCGAAGAUCCCGGCACGAAGGUUCUAGUGGUGGAAGCCGGCGACCACAUGGGUUACUUCACCAAAAUUCCUUUGACGGCCACCGCGGCGCAGCAGGGCCCCAAUGAUUGGUCAGUGAGGACCACGCCGCAGAGAUUCUCUUCCUUUGGUAUGUGGAGACAGACGCAGUUUCUUCCACGGGGCAAGGGUCCAGGCGGAUCAGGGCAAAUAAACUUUCUUCUCCACGGAUUCGGCUUGCCCGAAGAAUACGAACGCUGGUCCCGCCUAGGCUUCAAAGGGUGGACCUUCGAAGAUCUUAAACCUUACUUCAUCAAAGCAUUCGGUACUGUACAGAACGAAUUCGAUUCCGACCACUGUUCAAUGGAUGGUGUUUGUCCGGGGCAUACAGCUCCCAUGAAACUGAAAAUGAUAGAAGAGGAAAAUGAGCUAAUGCGAACUUUCAAAGACGCCAGCGGUUUCCUAAGAACUGAACAUGUGGCCUUCAGGAAGACAACUGCCACAGUUAAAGAUGGCACCCGGCACGCGGCUUGGGAUGCUUACCUCAAACCAUCUCUUAGAAGGAAGAACCUUCAUGUACUACUCAAAACACAAGCAGUUUCGAUUCGUUUCGAGAACACAACUGCGUCAUCAGUAUACAUAUUGCGGAAUCACUGGGAGCUGGAUAACAUAUUUGUGGACAAAGAAGUCAUAUUAACUGCUGGCGUCAUUAAGACUCCACAGAUUCUGAUGUUAUCGGGAAUAGGUCCAAAAGCCCUUUUGCAGAAAUUGAAAAUCAAACUCGUGUCCGCCAACGAGGACAUAGGCAAGAACUUCCAUGAUAACAUGAACCUGCCGAUCUACGUCAGCAUCAGGAAACCUGCCAGCGUCACUUUAGCCAAGGUGUUCACUUUCGGGACUGUCUGGCAGUAUUAUCUGACCAAUAGUGGUUAUCUAUCAUUCCCUCCGGUAGCGGGGAUUGAGUACACUAACACGUCGUCACUCAUACUAUUCACUAUGGGAACGGCUAGUGAGCGACUGCUUCGGGAUCUGUCCAACUAUAAACCUGAGGUUUUCCGGGACACCUUUGCAUUUCACAACGACAGUUCCAAAGAGGGCUUCAUAUUCCUCGCCAGUUGCAUUCAACCGAAGAGCAGGGGCUCCGUCACGCUGCAAGACGCUAGUACCAAUGUACCACCGGUCGUCGACCCCAACUAUCUGCAUAGACAUGAAGACGUCACAUGCAUGAUCAAAGCAAUUCGUCGUGCAGAACAGUUGGUGCAAACGAAAAAUUUCCAAAACAUCGGAGCUAAGAUUCACUGGCCUAGACCUGAGAGAUGUCUCAGCUUCUGGAACUACACCAAAGCAGAUCAGAAGGGACAGGAUUACAAAAGGAGAAGAAGAUUCCAAUCGUCCCCAGCGCCCAAGGCUCAGAAGCUAAAGACUACAGUUCCUAGUAGUCCACCGGAUCAGUACCUCGAGUGUGUAGUACGAGAGGUAGCUGUGAGCGGACACCACGCCGCUGGCACCUGCGCCGCGCACAAAACUCUAGACAAAAACCUCAGAUUGAAAUCGGUGUCAGGCGUUCGUGUGGUGGACUCCAGUGUGUUCCCAUCUCCAAUAUCUUUGUUCCCAAACUCUGUACUAAUAGGAAUGGCGGAGAGAGCAGCAGACCUCAUUUUGAAUGAUGAACGAUAA